UGUCGUCGCUACCCCGUCUCUCGCUCAUCGGUCCUGCCCUGCACAUCUUGUUGCAACUGCCACUCGUUUCAGGUACUGGUUAUUACACUGUCGAUCAUUGAAAUACACAUCUACUGUAACCACGGCACCGCGCCUCCGUUGUGCCGCAAGAAUAUCAAUAAUUAUACACGUCUACGACCUGCGAAAUGUCCCUCAAGUACUUCACCCUCGCGCUUGCUGCGACCGCUGCUGCCGCACCUGGAUCCCCCUUCCAGGCUCUCGAGGCUCAAGCCUCCAGCGACAACCCAUGCGAGCCCUGCCAACCCUCAGGUGCCACUGGUAUGGACCCUCCGGCUGUCAGCUCUGAUCUCUCCUCCCUCUACGUCAACGUCCUCGACUCGGUCAAGGGAAUCUCUUUCUCCAAGCGCGAUGGCAUGAUCGCGCGCGCUGCUACCUCUGGCUUCUGCUGCGUUGCCUCGCUCAAUUGCGUCAACGUCCAGUCCCUCAACAUCCCCAUGUGCUACGACAAGUUCACCACAAACUUCAAGUUCCCCGACGGCUCGUACGGAUCCCUGACAACCGGAGAGUACAACUCGAACAAUCAGCAGAUCAACCUUCUUACCGGUGACUACUCCGGUGGCAAUAUUUACUCUGCCGUAUCCCAGGAUAAGCCUAACACAUUGACUCUCAGCAUUCCCGCACAGUACACAGGUACUGGUGUCGGUGCUGCGAUCCCUGCGUCUGAACUCGGCUCCGUCAUCGUCUACACAACUACCAUCCCGGGCACAACGUUCACCGCGCCUACAGUUAUCCCCGGAACCGUCCGCGCAGCGACUGUCAAUGGUGUCGCUGUUAGCACUAGCAUUGCGCCCCAGACUAUCACGCAGGCUACCACUAUUGCGCCCCAGACGACCGUUGUCACCACACAGGUCCCUGAUGCGAGUGGAUCGGCGUCGAGCGAGGGUGCUGCCGGCGCUGUUUCGCACGACUCGUCGAAGUCGCUGGGUGUCUCAAUUCUGGGUGCUCUGAUGUACUUCCUGAUGUAACGGGCAUUUGAAGAUUUGGUAAUUCAGGUCUGGUGUUGAACUGGGCAGUUUAAGCCACGGUUGAAUGAAAGUAGAGAUGAUACCCUGGGAUGGAUACGUGCAUAAAGCGCUCACUCACGCGAUACUUAUAAUGAACACUCACAGUCCUGAGCCUUAUUUGUAUUGUGAUCGUCGGUGAAUGCCUUGAAGGCCUUCAGUAUCAGCUUUGAGCCUAUUCAAAGAUCGGUAUCGUCGUAAAGCAUCCCAUUGCGCCUUUUUAAACCCAUAAGGUAGUCCGUACAUUGAAGCCGUCCACAUUCACGCCAUUACCCAUUGACACCAUUUUCGUCAAAUCGACCCUACCAUCCAAUAUGUUGAAAGCCUUCGGGCUCAAGUCUGCUGAGCAUCACUC